GACGGAAAUUCGCCUCUGAGCGUCUCUGCAUUGUCCAAGAAAUGUAACUCGCGUUAUUAAAAGCCGUUUUGUGUUAAGAGCCGAGGAGUAACUCCCGCGACGAUUGUACGAAACGAUUGAAAACCUCCGUAACUUUUCACUCGGCAACGUCUUUGCGUAGGCGACGACGACAAUCGUGGCUCAAGCCAGGUCCCAACCCUCUCGGAAGGCGAGAGAUUCCAAGAUGGCGGACGAGUGAACGUGUGUUGAAACGAAUCUCCGCUGGACACGAUCGAUUUGCGGUGGAUAAUCAAAUCGUGAAGUGUUCUCAGUGAGUGAAACCGAGCAGUAAAGUGCAUUCGGAUCUAAGAGUGAGCGAUUCCGGUGGAUUAACUAGUCAUGGAUGCCAAAGCAGCUGUGAUAUUCCUUCUGGGCGUCCUCGCCGCCACACAGGCCCAGCUCAUUCAACGACAAAGUAAAGACGAGACGAUACAGAACGUGCGGAUCUUCUGCAACAGCAAUGACAUCGUCGUCUCCAUCGACACGUCGAUCGCCUUCAACGGCAUGAUCUACCCAAAGGGUCUCUCCAAGAACUCCUCCUGCAUGGCUGAGUUCAAGGAGCAGAACAGCCCCGUCCUCUACAAGCUCCCGCUCAAGAGCUGUAGCACCAUGAGCUCCGAAAUGGAGGACGGCAUCGAAUACUUCAACACGGUGGUGGUUCAGCCCCACAGGAAACUCGUGACGAAUCAGGGCCGAGGCUACCACAUACGAUGUAAAUACCAGACGCAGGAGAAGACGGUCACCAACGCCUUCAACGUCAGUGGAGACUUCGUGACUGAUGUCGAAUGGAAGGCACCCAACGGAUCAAGCUUUGUGGGCACUACACCACUGACAGCCACAGCGCCCAUGCCCGGAUGCUACAUGCGGAUCUUCGCCGGCACUCCAGCGGACAAAGCCGUGGCAGAGAAUGUGCGCAUCGGAGAUCCCCUGACUAUGGUCAUAACUCUCGACGACCAGGAAAUCUACGGAAUGAAGGUCACGGACUGCCUUGUCCGAGAUGGCCUGGGAUGGGGAGAGCAGAUGCUCAUCAACAGUGAAGGUUGCCCAGUCGACUACGAGAUUUUGGGGCCCUUCGAGUAUUCAACGUCCAAGACCACAGCUGCCGUUCGUUUCCAGGCGCACAAGUUCCCUUACACCUCUUCAGUGUAUUACCAGUGCAACGUUAAGCUCUGCAUUAAAAACGCUGGAGGCUGCGAUGAUGUGCCUCCUGUUUGUGUAGAGGGUGGGAACAUCCUGCGCCGUCGCCGAAGGAAUGUUAAUGAAAUCGACGGCAACGGUAACCUGACGGAGGUUGAAGCUGAGGUGGAUGAGAACCUUACAAUUGAAGUGUUUACUGGCUUAUAUGUCAAUGAGGACGACGAGCUCCCUGAGCCAGAGGGCGCCGCUGAGACGCUGACCCCGAUUCGAGAGGAGAUCGAGGAAGACCCCAACACCUUCUGUCUCUCUCCAAAGACUUUCGCAAUCGGCAUUGCCAUUGCCGGGCUUAUCCUCAUGGUAGCAGUCAUAGCUGCCAUCCUCAUCCUCAUCUCAAGGCGACGCAGGAGAAAGGAGGACUCCACCACUGGUUCCUCGAUUUACUCAAGUCCUUACACCAACACGGCUUACAGUCACUCUUCUUAAGGCAGCUAGACAUGGAGGAAGUCUGUCCCAGUCCACGCAAAAUUACAGUUGCUUUCUCUAAUGCAGUGUCAAAAUCUGCCUGGAAGUUUGGUAUUACUGGACUCUUCUGCUCCCAGCCCAUCUGUAUAUCAAUAUAUGCCUUGAAGAAAAUGGUUUAUAGGAAAUUCAGAUUGCAAUUUGAGAAUCAGGGCAGGAAAAUAUAUACCUUGAUAGAUGUACUGUACAGUAUAUCUUAUAAAAAUAGUAUAUAUACUGGGAAAAUCAGAACAGGAUAUUUGGUGACUCAACGGAAGUGGGCUGAAAAGUGAUUUAAAAUUGUAUAAGAUGAAUGGCAAAGAAGGAUCUUUGUUGCAAGUGAUGUGGAAAGAGAGGAAGACUUUUUUUCAUAGCUGUGAUAGCACCUCAAGAGAUUCUGUUGAAUCGUCGGAGAAUUAGCACAAUUAUUACUGAAGGCCAAAUAGAAAUAUAUAAAGGAUUGUUAUCCGAGGUGAAGGCAAUACAGUAGUAUUUCCAUAUACUGUAUCUGAUAAAAGGUCAACAAAGGACUUGGACAAAAUUCUUCACCAUGAUAAGGUAUCCACUCAGUUGUAUUUGAUACUCUGUGUACAGUAUAUUCCAAGUACCAUUUGUACAUUUUCAUGUAACCCAAAAUAACCAUCAGCUAUACAUUAAACUAAACAUAAAACAAGAAAAUGGUGCUCCGGAGAAAAUACUUUUAACAAUAACAAAAAAGGUUGACAAUCGCCUUAACUCUGACCUAAAAGCUUAAUUACAUUUUCUUAUCAAUAGGAUGUUAAAUGAUUUAACUUGAAUUAACCGAGGUUAAAGAAACAUCUCCGCAAACUCACUAACCGGUUGUGAUGUUGAUGCUUAAGAAGAUGUUGAUGGGAUUCUCUAAAAGACCGAGCAGCCACGACUUCAGACGUCUGGUAUGGUAAUUACUACUAGCCGGUAGUAAUUCUUUGUCACCAUCACUCAACAUGGUUAACAGAAUUUGUCUUGAGUGAUGCAAACAAGGAUUGUCUUAAUACCUACACUCUGUGUGUUGUUGUCAAUAUAUUAAUGUUAAGUACCAACAGGCAGAUGCCAAAAGUAACCGUGGUAAUCUGAGUCGUUGCUGCUUGGCAAGAGUCUCCUUCCUCUUCUAUGUCUCUAUCAUGUUCCGUCCACAAGCCAUUCUGCUUGUACCUAAUUUAAUAGAAGUUUAAGUUGACUGCGGCAUAAGCGACUUAAUAAGCGAGAUUAACUUGCUGGAGUCUUUUCCUACAAAGGUAAGCAGCAGGUAGCUGGUGUAGUUGUUUAGUUUUUCCUUUAGUUGGUGGAAGUCAGACCGUGUCCCUCUUUGUCGUAAAACAGAACUGGAAGUGAGCCUCCAGAUUACUUCUAGUGAAUUGUAAGAACUGAUGAGCCUUCAUUCCCAUCCUUAUGGAGUGAAUGUAUUUCAUGUUAAAUUGACCCAUGAAAUCAGCUGGAAAUUCUACUGGCAACAUUGGAAGUCGUCUUGGCAAAAGUGUUUCACCAUUCAAUUUUAAUCGAGAGGGAUGUGGCCAUUGCCGAGUCUGUCCUGAAAUGUUUUCUUGGCAGUUUAAUAUUUUUCAAAUUACAUCAGUGUUCUUCACAGCAUGCAAUUAGGAGGACUUCUAAAAUUGAACAACAUUUAGGAUUAAAAAAAGGCUUUUUGAAAUUUUUUAUGGACAUAUUUGCAAUGCCCAUAUCCUCACUAUAGUGUAGCUAUAGUAUAGUGCCAUAAGCCAUGGGCUUACUGAUACUUAACAGUUUGAAAACACACCAGUCGUGGGAUUUUCAUCUUUCAUUUCUAUUUAUUUAUUGUACUUUAUUUUUCUUCAUUUGGAUGCCUAAUGAUAAAAGGUACAAAAGUAAUUAAUCCUUUCUGUACAGUGCUCAUUUUGUGAAAAAUGUGGGCACGCAAGUUACAGGGUUGUACUUGACAAAUAAUUAUCACUUUUGAUUUGUUCUCGGUAACGGCUUGUUUGAAAAGUUUUAGUAUUGUGAGGAUAAAUUUUAUUCAUGUCUGGGUGAUUGUAAACACAAAAUUCUGUUAUACUGAAUCCUCGAUAUAAGAAAGUUUAAUUGUUUACCAAUGGAAAACCAUAGGGAAUUAAAUGCGUAAAAUCUUUUAUAUAUGAAAUUUGUUUCUACAAAUAUGAAACUAGUAAUCAGCUUUGCAUAUGUCAUGAAAUACUGUUUAGUCGUUAAAUUUACUGCAAACAAAAAUACAGUUUACGUGCUAAAAUUUGAGUGCACCAUUGGGCUCUAUUAUCCUAAAGGGAUUUAGAGGGGUUAGUUGAAGUUGAAUGAAGGGUGCGGUCAGUAUAUGUGCAGGUUUCUUUGAAAAACGUUUGACUUUCUGUAGGUUAACUGUUACUGUAACAUGGACACAGCAUAAUAGUAGCAUUAAAAGCAUUCACCUCUUUUCUAGAGAUGGAUGCCCUUGAAAAGGUCUACUAAUCUAAGUAUACCUAGCAUGCUAUGUAGCAUUCAUUAAUUUAUGUAGCUUUUUUUUGUACCAAAUUAGGAAUUAUCUGUGAAAUACUUGUAACUUGAAUCACUGAUGUAGGGCAGAUUAUGCCACUAUGUUUUUUAUUUGGAUUAUUUCUUUUGUAACACUUUAUGUAUGUUCUAACUUAUAUAACUGACAGCCCCAAGUGGCAGCUAUUAUUUUUAAGCUAAUUUUUAUGUAUGUUUAAUUAAAAACAACAUGUGGUUUUGCAAAUUCAGACACUGGUUUACAGAUGCAUUGCUUCCACAUCACUCUAUCUUGUCACGUCACUGCUUAUGCGUUGCAUAAACAUACCAUCAUUAUUUAAUGCAUCUCUAAAUCUAUGUCUGGCGAAAUGUAUACCACGGGAACUAUUGCCAAAUAAUCAUGAGCAUUGCGUGUAUUUAACCCAAGCUAUCAUGAUAUACAUUGUUUGUUUAUACUUGUCAAGUAUUUUCUUGAUUAAUAACUUAAACCCCAAACUCUCUUCUUGGUAUGUUGUUUUGAAACUGUAGAUUAGAAUUCUAUUGUCUUGGUUUUGCAGAUAUAGACAAGGAUAUGUCCACAAGCUAAGUGUAUGCAGACACUGUGCGCUCAUAGAGUGGGCUUUAUCCUUUAUGUAAUAUUGGUGCUAUGUUGCACAGACUCUGCCAAUAGAUGAAAGGGGUUCCAAAAGCUAUUGUGGUCCUUUUUAAUGGGGUUAAAAGUCUAAGCAACCUCUAUGUGCAAAACUUGAGAGGGAUAACUUUUGCAGUUGUAAUUACAUUGUAUUUUUUAAUUCACAUAAAAUAUUCAGAAAAGAUGAUAAACACUCGCCGAAAUAACACGAGUUUUUUCUUCAUCAAUGAACGUGUGCGAUGCAGUCCGGCAAAAGAUGUCUCUCUCGUAGUUUUUGCGUCUUCCUCUCUCUGCUAUAGAGGGCUGGUGAUGGUUCUGUAGUUACUCCACCGGGGUCACCAAAUAAAAGUAAUGAAUUUUUA